AUGUACAUUAUUUUUCUCACAGCUGAACCCGGGUCGUUAGAAGGUUUUUGCGGAUUCAUUUCAGCAAAUCUAGAGCGGUUAAUAUUCCAGAAUGGAAGUGCUACUGGAGAGACUGAGCCGGAGAUACUCCGUAAAAUUUUCGUCGGAGGUCUUACGGGAAACACUACGAUUGAGGUUAUGCGCGAGUUCUACCAGCAGUUCGGCGAGUUGAUUGAUGUUGUCGUUGUGCGUGAUCCCAAUACGAAACGGUCAAGAGGAUUUGGCUUCGUUACUUUUGCUUGUAUAGCCAAUGUUGACGCUGCUAUUGCUGCGCGCCCCCACGUUAUUGAUGGCAGAACUGUGACUGCUAAGCGAGCCAUGCCUAGGGACAGCAAGGACCGUGACAUAGCGAAUGUGUCCACCAAGCGUCUGUACGUAAGUGGCAUUCGUGAGGAGCACACGGAAAAGAUGUUAACUGAAUACUUUGGGAAAUACGGAAAUGUCGUGAAGUCGGAGAUCUUUCUGGACAAAUUCACCAACAAGCCUCGUGGAUUCGCCUUCGUCACAUUUGAUGACAACGAUCCAGUGGACCAAUGUGUUCUCGUGGGCACUCACACAAUAAACGGAUUCACAUGCAAGGUUAAGAAGGGGCUUUCAAAAGAAGAAAUGAAUAAAAUAGCUCAAAAAGCUCGUGACCGCAUGUACCGCAUGAGUCGAUCUCGUGGAGGAUGGCCAGGGGGUUGGGGUGGGCUAGUCUGCGGGUGUUACGGACAACAAUAUGGUUACGGUUACGGUGGACCUCUAUUAAGAGGUUAUGAACAACAAAGUUAUGAAGGAUAUGGGCAGCGACAAGGAUGGGGAUAUCCGGAAGGAUGGGGCCAGCAAGCGGGAGGAUGGGCUGGUCCACCGUCUGGUCAGCAGCAAUGGAUGAGCGCUCAAGGUGGCGGCAGAUACUGGUCUUCUAAUUUCCGCUUUUCUCUGUGUCCGUGUUGUGGUGUUCCGAUAAAUGCUUGA